AUGGCCGACCCCUUCUGGCUGGCCCAGGAUGCAGCGGGGCCGGGCGCGGCCGAGGCGGACGCCUGCGAGCUGGAGAUCGAGAGGAAGUACGAGGUCAUCCCCGCCAUCAUCUGCUCCAUGUGCUGCCUGUUCGGGAUCAUCUACUGCUUCUUCGGGUACCGCUGCUUCAAGGCGGUGAUGUUCCUGUCGGGCCUGAUGUUCGGCUCGGUCAUCAUCUUCCUGCUGUGCCACAAGGAGCGGGUUCUGGACACGCAGCUGAGCGUGGAGGCCAGCGCGGGCAUCGGGCUGGGCGUGGGCGUGCUGUGCGGCCUGGUGACCAUGCUGGUGCGCAGCGUGGGCCUGUUCAUGACCGGCCUGCUCCUGGGGCUGCUGCUCGCCCUCGCCGCCCUGCUGGUGGCCGCCAACUUCUACAGCGCGGGCUCGGUGUGGGUGCCGCUGGGCACGCUGCUGGCCGCGGGCAUGCUGGGCGCCGUGCUGACGCUGCAGUGGCAGCGCCUCUUCACCGUGCUGUCCACCGCCGUGUUCGGCGCCGCCAUCAUGACGGUGUGCGCCGACUACUUCGUGGAGAUGCUGGCGCUGGGGGCGUACGUGUACGACUGCCUGCGGCUCCGGCCGGCGCCGCCGCUGUGCUGGUACAGCUGGGUGAUCCUGGGCAUCUGGCCCGCGCUCAGCCUGAUGGGCGUGCUGGUGCAGUGGAAGCUGACGGCCGAGGGGUUCUCCCACACCGAGGUCAUCAUUAACCGGAGGCAGAAGCGUGUGCAGUUGAUGCGGAUCCGUCAGAAGGACGUGCGGAAGAGGCAGCAGGGCGCGGGGCAGGAGGGCUCGUACCGCCGCAAGCCCCUGCCCGUCAAACGCUACGCCGGAGACCUGCUGGCCCCGAGCUACCUGCAGAGCCUGCGGGACCGGCAGACGGGCACGGGGACCUCUCUCAGCAGCCUGGGCUCCCCCAGCCACACCACGAUCGACUUCGACUACGACACCGGCUCCACCGUCCCGCUCACCGCCUCCGCCAACCCCGUCGUCAGGGUCUGA